AUGUUUGGAAACUCAUCUGAAUUUGUCAUCAUCACACACAAUGUCUUAGUGACACGACAAAGCAGUAUGUUGGCAUUUUGUAUCAUUCCUUUAUUGUUGACCACAGCAGUGUUAUCCAAAACAAAUAAACCGAAAAUAAUCAUAGGCGUAUUCAUCGGCGACGAGUCAUUACCAUUCGGAAUACAUCAGAGUGGGUCAAUCAUUGAGUUAGGACUUCGGAAACUGAAUGAACUGGUUGCAGAUGAAUUGGACGUGGAAAUUAUUCGAUAUAUUUCUGGACUAGAAUGCAGCAAAGAAGGACUUUAUGCUACAGUUGUUUCUGAGAUGCACCACAAAGGAAACAUCACAGCAAUAAUUGGACCAAUGUUUCUCAUUACGUGCGAUAAUUUUACCCUCAGGAAGUUGAUGUUGAUUGCGCACUCGAUGGGUAUGACAAAUGGGGAUUAUGUGUUCCUGUAUUUCUUUGCAUUCAAUGGAUUCGCUAAUGGCGAAGUAAACUGGAAAAUGGGAGAUGAAAAUGACGAGAUUGUGCGAAAAGUCUUCCAAUCGCUGUUCCUCGUUGGUGUGUUUCAACCGGAAGCCGAAGAAUAUCAAGAAUUCAAAUCUCACAGUGCAAGACGAUCUCUGGAAAUGUACAACUACAGUUACGGCGUAGAGGAAGAUAUAAAUCCAUCCGCUUUCGCAUUUUAUACCGCCUUCACACUAUAUGGAGAGGUUUUAAAGGACAUAAUCCGUGAUGGGAAAGACUUCAGAGACGGCAAAGAGAUCACAAAAAGGCUAUGGAACAAAACCUUUAAUGGGGUAUCCGGAAACAUAUUUAUAAAUGCCAAUGGUGACGUUCACACUGACAUGAUGAUUCUGGAUAUGAAUCCAGAAACUGGCAAAUUUGUUUUGAAGCCUAUGUCGGAUGGUGGAAGUCUAUGUAGCAGACCAAUGGACAACAGAGUAGCUUCGUACAAGGGGUCCAACGUUCAUCUUUUCGAAUUCACGAAAAAAUCGUUCUCAACCAAUCGAACACUAUUUCUGGAAUUAUUACAGUUGAGAGACGUAAAUUGUACCAACUUGACAAAAUUCAUUGGACUCACUGAGAGCGCCUCUAAUCAGCCGUAUGCCGUUACUGAAUUCUGCUCACGUGGUGAUUUGAGGGAUAUUCUAGCAAGGGACUCAUUCAAAUUGAACAAGGAAUUUAGAAUAUCCUUAAUACGUGACAUAAUUCAGGCAAUGGAAUAUAUACACACUUCUAGCAUCCAGUAUCAUGGGAAUCUUACCAGCAGAAACUGUGUCAUUGACAGCAGAUUCGUUCUUAAAGUUACAGAUUUUGGAAUACAAUCCUUGAGGGAUUUUGAAGUCGAUGAAUGCAGUGAAAAGUGUCUUUGGGCUGCCCCUGAACUUCUUCGAAAGUCGGUAACGAAGACCGACAUAACUGGGAUGCAGUGUGCUGACAUCUACAGCUUUGGUAUAAUACUGUAUGAAGUUCUUUCUCGGAAGGAACCUUUUGAAGAUGAUCGAGACAUUUUAACAUUGGAUGAGGUCAUAACGAAACUGAAGCAUGUCAACCAUAGACCAUUCCGGCCACGUCUAGACUUCGUAAAAAUCAACAAAGACAUAGAUAGACUGAUGAAGAUGUGCUGGGAAGAAGACCCUAAAUUACGACCGAGUUUCCAAGCCAUACGGAAAGAAUCUAGAAAACUACGAUGGGAUAGAUCUGGUGACAAAUUACUUGAUACACUACUAUCUCGUAUGGAGAAAUACGCUGAUAACCUGGAAGGCUUGGUUGAAGAGAGGACACAGAACCUGAUUGAAGAGAAGAGGAAAUCAGAGGAGCUACUCUGUGAAGUUUUGCCGAGAAGUGUCGUCAACACAUUGAUGAGUGGCAGAGUGGUGGAACCGGAAGCUUACACGUGUGUUACGAUUUAUUUCAGUGAUAUCGUUGGGUUUACGGAAAUUUCAUCAGAGAGUUCUCCAAUGCAGAUAGUUGACCUGUUAAAUGAUCUGUACACGUGUUUCGACAAAAUCAUCGGCAAUUUCGAUGUUUAUAAGGUUGAGACUAUUGGUGAUGCAUACAUGGUUGUUUCUGGUCUGCCUGUGAGGAAUGGAGAUCAACAUGUUGUAGAAAUAGCAAAGAUGUCAUGUUCUAUUCUACAGAAAGUGAAUGUUUUCAAAAUUAGACAUAAACCAAACACGCCACUGUCGGCACGGAUCGGCAUCCAUUCUGGACCGGUUUGCGCUGGUGUGGUUGGUCGUAAGAUGCCACGGUACUGCCUGUUUGGUGACACAGUAAAUACAGCGUCACGCAUGGAGUCGAACGGACAGGCUAUGAAAAUCCACUGCAGUGAAAGUACGCGUAAUCUACUUGUUGGACACCAUGAAUUUGUAAUGCAAGACAGGGGAAAUCUACAAAUCAAGGGGAAAGGAGUUAUGAGGACGUACUGGCUUUGCUGUGAAAUAGAGGAUGUGUCAGAUAAUGUCACGAAUGUUUAA